AUGGCCACAGCUGCCUCGAAUCCCUACAGCAUUCUCAGUUCUAGCUCCCUAGUCCACGCGGAUUCUGCGGGGAUGCAGCAGGCGAGUCCUUUCCGAAACCCUCAGAAACUUGUCCAAAGUGAUUACUUGCAGGGAGUUCCUAGCAAUGGGCAUCCUCUUGGGCAUCAUUGGGUGACCAGUCUGGGCGAUGGAGGCCCAUGGUCUUCCACACUGGCCGCCAACCCUCUGGACCAGCAGGACGUGAAGCCCGGACGCGAAGACCUACAGCUGGGUGCGAUCAUCCAUCACCGCUCACCGCACGUCGCCCACCACUCUCCGCACACUAACCAUCCGAAUGCCUGGGGGGCUAAUCCGGCUCCGAACCCGUCCAUCACGUCAAGUGGCCAACCCCUUAACGUGUACUCCCAGUCGGGCUUCACUGUGAGCGGCAUGCUGGAGCACGGAGGGCUCACUCCACCGCCGGCCUCCGCCUCCGCACAGAGCCUACACCCGGUGCUCCGGGAUCCCCCAGACCACAGCGAUCUAGGCUCGCACCACUGCCAGGACCACUCGGACGAGGAGACACCAACCUCGGAUGAGUUAGAACAGUUCGCCAAACAGUUCAAACAAAGAAGAAUCAAAUUGGGCUUCACGCAGGCCGACGUGGGGCUGGCGCUAGGCACACUGUACGGCAACGUUUUCUCACAGACCACUAUCUGCAGGUUCGAGGCCUUGCAGCUGAGCUUCAAGAACAUGUGCAAGCUGAAGCCGCUGCUGAACAAGUGGCUGGAGGAGGCUGAUUCGUCCACUGGGAGCCCGACCAGCAUUGACAAAAUCGCUGCUCAGGGCCGCAAGCGCAAGAAGCGAACCUCCAUCGAGGUGAGUGUCAAGGGCGUACUGGAAACGCAUUUCCUCAAGUGUCCCAAGCCUGCCGCGCAGGAGAUUUCCUCGCUGGCAGACAGCCUCCAGUUGGAGAAAGAAGUGGUGCGUGUCUGGUUCUGUAAUCGAAGACAGAAAGAGAAAAGAAUGACUCCACCAGGGGAUCAGCAGCCACAUGAGGUUUAUUCACACACCGUGAAAACAGACACGUCCUGCCACGAUCUCUGA